CAGAUAUUGGACAUGGACCAUACGACUAUACCGAGAGAGGCGUUCGAAAUCUACCUGACAGGAGGCAGAGCGUUGACGUUCGGUUUGAAGACGUUCAAUGCGGCAUUGCCAGCUCUCAACUUGAUCUACAUCAACGGCACCGAAGAGGUGCGCAUGGAGAAGAAGUCCUUUUAUUAUAUCAACUCUUCUAGUCUGCACAUUCAAAUACAGAACUGUGAUCAACUCAAGGUUAUGUCUGGAGCUUUCGAAUCCGCUUCGAGUUCCAUAUCGACCGAAAUAGUUAAUAUUAGUUACGUGACAAUAGAAGGAUGUGCCUUCAGCAAACUGUACAACAGCACAUUCAAGAAUGUUAGGGUACUGUACCUCUACGAACGAUCGUUUGAUUUCAAAAAUCAAGGAACGUAUGGCAGACACGGACCAAUUACCUUAAUUUCAUUCGUAAACGUCAACAUCCCGACCAUCCCCCACGAAACGUUCCACACAUCUUUAGGAGGGCUGACUUUCGAUAACUGCCGCAUCAACAGCAUCUACCCUGAGGCGUUCAAAGCUACUCAAAUCUCGUUCGUGCUUUUCUCAAACAGCCAUAUUGAAGAGGUGCAAGAGAGGGCCUUCACCGACAAUACUCUCGUACUGGACUUCCGGAUAAUCAAGUGUAACAUCACCAGACUCCAUUCAAAAGCUAUAAUCGCUGCGGUACAGAAUUUUGCUGUGAACUACUCUGUCAUCACAGAAAUCCAACCGAACGCCGUCAACCCAAAAGCGACAGCUCGAGCGGAAAUAAUAGGCAACCAGAUAGUCGACUUGAAGCAGACAGGCUUCGUCUUCACCAACUGGAAUCGCAUAACGUUCGACGACAACAUCGUCAAACAGCUGGAGUCGAAAUUCGUCGACCUUUCUGUAGACGAGGAAUCCAAGUCGCUGAUCGAACUAUUUUCUUUUAAAGGAAACGAAAUCUACAACUUAGACGAUGGAGCUUUAAACUUCCUAAAUCAAGUUGAAGAAAAAUCGUUAGUCUUCGAAGACAACUUCUUCAACAUUUCUUGUGACUGUAACAUAGAGCAAUGGGUCGAGCAGAUCACUAACGAGAGCGCCAAAGUGAAACUAGUAAUCGAUACUAGUUUCUGCACCGUCAACGAAUUUUUAUCUGUCUGUUUUUCGCUUCCGGUAGGUAUCAUUAACAUAAAAAACUUCACAGAAAAGACAUGCAUCAAUUUUACGGUAUGCGAACCAUAUGAAGGCGAAACUCGAACUGUAGACACCACAAGUAGAAUAUUCAUACAAGAAGACGAAUCGGUUAAACAAAAUUGGCUAAUUUUUAUAAUAACUAUCGUGGGCUUAUUCAUAGUUGCUAUCGUUGCUACUUUUAUAGUCCUUCUGAUCCGAGGAAGUAGAUGGUUGAAAGAGAAAGGCUACUUCAGAAACAAUAUGCAUCAGUACAACAACAACGAUCUCAGUAACGAGGAGGAAGGAACUAUAGUAACUGUGGAUGAAAAUGAAGGUGAAAAAUUAGAAAUUCCGGAGGAACUAACGCUGGAGUUCCUCCAGAUGUUAGCCCAGAGACUUGACGAUCCAAAUACAAACCAAGAGGCCUCAGAGAUGAUAGAACGACUUUACGAAAUGUUCAUAGUAGACGAAAGUUACGAUAACAACAGGCAAGAGGAAGAAGCUCAUUUAUACGAAGAGUUGGGAAAUUUGAAUUUGCAGAUUCCUCCACCACCUUAUGAGGAACCAGACGAAACCCAUAAUGGGCCUAGAAGCAUACUGAAACUUAUGGAGGAUAAGUUCAAUCAACAGAUGGAUCCAAACAGUUCAAAAACAGCUUUAGUGAGUGACUAUUCUGAGCCUACUGACGCUGCGGUUCAUCUCUAUUCAGAAUUGAAGAACAAAAGUGAAAAGAUGGAAAACGGAGGAGUGAUCCCCAAUGAUAAGGUGAAAACGUCAACAGAGAAAAGCGUUUCUAUUUUUGAUAUGCCUGGGCCAUCAAAUAAGCUGUGAACUAUGAAACAGAUGACACUUGAAAUAUGUAAAGCAAUUAUUGAAUUUUUUAAACUGAUCCAGGUAAUUUUGAAAUAAUCAAUAAUUUAAAAAUCUGAAGAAAUAACUCCGCUAGUUUGACGAUCCAACUAAAAACCAAGAGGCCUCAGAGAUGAUAGAACGACUUUACGAAAUGUUCAUACAGAAAUAACUCAGCUAGUUUGACGAUCCAAAUAAAAACCAAGAGGCCUCAGAGAUUAUAGAACGACUUUAUGAAAUGUUCAUAAAGAAAUAACUCAGCUAGUUUGACGAUCCAAAUAAAAACCAAGAGGCCUCAGAGAUGAUAGAAAGACUUUGCGAAGUGUUCAUAAAGAAAUAACUCGGCUAGUUUGACGAUCCAAAUAAAAACCUAUAGGCCUCAGAGCUGAUAGAACGACUUUACGAAAUGUUCAUAAAGAAAUAACUCAGCUAGUUUGUCGAUCUAAAUACAAACCAAGAGGCCUCAGAGAUGAUAGAACGACUUUACGAAAUGUUCAUAAAGAAAUAACUCAGCUAGUUUGACGAUCUAAAUAAAAACCAAGAGGCCUCAGAGAUGAUAGAACGACUUUACGAAAAGUUCAUAAAGAAAUAACUCAGCUAGUUUGACGAUCCAAAUAAAAACCAAGAGGCCUCAGAGAUGAUAGAACGACUUUACGAAAUGUUCAUAAAGAAAUAACUCAGCUAGUUUGACGAUUCAAAUAAAAACCAAGAGGCCUCACAGAUGAUAGACCGACUUUACGAAAUGUUCAUAAAGAAAUAACUCAUCUAGUUUGACGAUCCAAAUAAAAACCAAGAUCCCUCAGAGAUGAUAGAAUGACUUUACGAAAUGUUCAUAAAGAAAUAACUCAGCUAGUUUGACGAUCCAAAUAAAAACCAAGAGGCCUCAGAGAUGAUAGAACGACUUUACGAAAUGUUCAUAAAGAAAUAACUCAGCUAGCUUGACGAUCAAAAUAAAAACCAAGAGGCCUCAGAGAUGAUAGAACGAUUUUACGAAAUGUUCAUAAAGAAAUAACUCAGCUAGUUUGACGAUCCAAAUACAAACCAAGAGGCCUCGGAGAUGAUAGAACGACUUUACGAAAUGUUCAUAAAGAAAUAACUCAGCUAGUUUGACGAUCCAAAUAAAAACCAAGAGGCCUCAGAGAUGAUAGAACGACUUUACGAAAUGUUCAUAAAGAAAUAACUCAGCUAGUUUGACGAUCCAAAUAAAAACCAAGGGGCCUCAGAGAUGGUAGAACGACUUUACGAAAUGUUCAUAAAGAAAUAACUCGGCUAGUUUGAAGAUUCAAAUAAAAACCAAGAGGCAUCAGAGAUGAUAGAACGACUUUACGAAAUGUUUAUAAAGAAAUAACUCGGCUAGUUUGACGAUCCAAAUAAAAACCAAGAGGCCUCAGAGAUGAUAGAACGACUUUACAAAAUGUUUAUAAAGAAAUAACUCAGCUAGUUUGACGAUCCAAAUAAAAACCAAGAGGCCUCAGAGAUGAUAGAACGACUUUACGAAAUGUUCAUAAAGAAAUAACUAAGCUAGUUUGAUGAUCCAAAUAAAAACCAAGAGGCCUCAGAGAUGAUAGAACGACUUUACGAAAUGUUCAUAAAGAAAUAACUCCGCUAGUUUGAUGAUCCAAAUAAAAACCAAGAGGCCUCAGAGAUGAUAGAACGACUUUACGAAAUGUGUAUAAAGAAAUAACUCAGCUAGUUUGAAGAUUCAAAUAAAAACCAAGAGGCCUCAGAGAUGAUAGAACGACUUUACGAAAUGUUCAUAAAGAUAUAACUCAGCUAGUUUGAGGAUCCAGGCAAUUUGAACUUUGUACAGAAACUGCUGUAUAUCUAAAAACUUCAUUUUCUGAAGAACUGAGUUUUCUUUAGAAAUAUUGUGGAACUUCAAAUGUCCACAAUAAUAAUAGUUUUGAAAAUUGUUCAAAAUUAAAUAGUGAAGAGAAGAUAGUGAGGUAGGUUUGUACAAUUUUAGUGUUUACACCAAUGCUUUACAGUGCAAAAAACAUUUUUUAUAAAAUUCUUCUAAAGUGCACUAUUGUAUAGAAAGGCAUUAUUAGAAAGAUAUGUGCCAUUUUGAAAAAAGUCCUUGCUAAUAAAUCCUACACUGUUAAUAAUAAUUUCAGCGUAUUCAUAGAUCAUUGAUCGGAUUAUUGAUUCAUGCUAUCACUAGUUUAUUUCACAAUUUCUAAUGGUAAUAUCAAGUAUACUCAUUUUAUAUUGUAUUAUAACAUUACUCAUUACUUUCAACGAGUGAUAAUGCUUGUGAUCAUUUUCAUUUUAUUUUAAUUACGACCAUUAGGUUGAAAAAAUUUGCUAUCGCUUGAACAUUUUAUAACUCUAAGUACACAGUUUGGAAAUGAGUAUUGUCCAUUCCUUAUCUUUGAAGAAUGGAAAUAAAUAAUUUUCCACUUCCUCCAAGUAGGACUAUGUAUACUUAUAGACUAUAUUUAUAAUUUUAAGUCGCAAGGUAUUUCUUGCCUUACUGUGAUAAUGUACAGAUUCGAUACCGAAAAGAAUUUAUACUACCUGUAUAUUUUGUAUUAAUC